AUGGUCGACUUCUCUUUGAAGAAGCAUGGUGUUUCUAGUUGGGGCCGUGGUUCCUUAUCAAGGAAGGAAAGCAGUGCCGGUGAUUCUUCAUCUACGUUCAAAUCGAGUAGGUAUCAAGAUAUGAAGGUUUCUGAUCCAGAAUUACCUAAGGUGAGUGCUAAGGAGAGAAGUAAAGCAGGGACUAUGAUGAAGCGUCGUUUAUCAGUUCACCAGUCUAACAAUUUUGGUGCUGUUAAAAUGGAUUUCGAUAAUAUGCCUGCUUUACCUUCUUCUGCAGCUGACUAUUCGUUUGCCUCCAACGUCGGUAAUGCAACGCAAACUAGCCUGAUAACAGAAGAUCAGCUUCCUGACCGUAAUACAUCACUUGCAAGCCUGAACACCAACACCCGUCGUCCAGAUCAGGAGCUAUAUUCAAGCAAAUCUUUGAGGCAAAUACUUUCGAAUCCAGAUUUUAAAGCCAAAAAGUUCAUUACAGAGAAGCUAGGUGAUGCUACUGCUGUUGAUAUCGAUCAAUUCACUUCUAAUCUAAAUGAUUUAUCCUUAGAAAUUCAAGAUGAGAUCAAGUUUAACAUAGAUAAGUCUUUCAAAGAGAUAUUAAUCGUUAAUAAAGGGUUGGAAACAGCAACAACGGAAUUGAAAGUUCUAAGGACAAAAGUACAAGAAAUGAAGGAUAUAAUGAACCAGUUCGUGACCAUCGCAGAGAAGAAGUUGCAAGCUGAACAGGCUGCCAAUGAGACUGCAGAUUUGAACAGGACAUCAAGUUCGGCUAGUCUCUCAAAUCAUUCUUUACUUCCACCACUGAAACCAACUCCGUCCGCAACAAGAAAGGAUAGAACAUCAGUUUACAUCCUGGAAAGGAUGUGGAAUGAGGAAUUAAUGACAUUGUUCAAGAACGUCGACGGUGCUCACAAAUAUAUAACCAGUACACCGGGACGGCAUAUCCUGUUGGAAAGCGACAACUGGAUUGAAAUCAACCCAGCUACGCUUAAACCAUUACAAAAAGUACGUUUAUUCAUUUUGAAUGACGUUGUGUUGAUUGCGGCUCCAAAACCAUCGAAGCAGACAGAACUAACUGUCAGUAGAUUUUCUCCUUUGAGAGAUGUAACAGUGGAAGUGCAAUCCGAACAUGAGCUUUCCUUCAAUUUCUCUAACAAGCAGCAUACUCUUUAUAGACAUAGAGACCCUCAAGUGUUUUCGAAAGUGAUAGAUAUCAUCAGACAGGCUAAGGAUGCGUUACGCGAGAUUUCGCAGGCAGAAGAGGAUACAACAAGAAAGAUUCGCAACUCCUAUACGCUGCUCCAACAAGAAAGAACUCCAAACAGAGAUGCCACUACCUCUCCUGUCAAAGUUCACGGCAGACAAAGAUCAUAUGGUGGUACAGGUACCCCAAGCAGACACAGAUCAGACGCACAAAAUGAUGCAUUGUUGACAAAUAUCACAAGGUCUAUACAUGUAAGAAUGGGCUCUGAAGAGACUACAGAAGUAACAAAAAGACUUAAACGCCUCGACGAUGCACUUGAAGAUCUUGAUCUCGAGAUCGGUAGACAAAAUUUUGAUCUCGCCAUCACAAAACUCAAUCACAUCCAAUCAUCACUAAAGUCAUUAUACAGCAGCGCUACCUUCGAUGAAUCUGUUAUGGUGGAACUCCUCUCAUUGAAAUGUUCACAGAGGAAAACCAUCCUAUACACCAAAUUGACAAAUCUAUUAGCCUGCGAAACUAGCGACAUGACCAAAUUGAAAAGUUAUAUGCUAAACUUGGUAGCUCUUAACGAGCCAGUGGACGCUCUAGAAGUGUUCCUCCAGAACAGAUCAAACUUCAUCAACGAUUUAACCCUACAAAUCGGUAUCAUUGAUAAUGUAACUAGUUUCAUUACCCAAGUAGCGAUCAUCCGGUUCCAAACCUUGAAGAAAGUGACUCAGCAGUACUUGGAAGUAUCAAAAAAUUUGAAACGUGAUUAUACAUCACUACUUGUAUGCUGGUGCAGCGAAGAAGUGGAUAAGCACUUCCAGCUCAUGGAAAGAGAACUAUCGAAUUCAUCUACAUUGUCCGUACAAGCAAUCAAGAUAACUAGAAAGCAGAUAGAUGAACUCAAACCUGUCGGGAUGGACUACGUUUACAAACUCGAUGACUUCAUUAGGAGAAACAAUAACAGGAUUCUAUAA